AUGAGUAGCGAAAAUACUAAACAUAAGUUUUUGAAUGUGUCACACCCACCAAAUCUUUCAGGUGUAAGUUCUUCAUCAAAUAGUUUGAGACGUCCUUUGAAUGACAAUACUGUGAAUGCUAGUAAUAAAAUGAGGAAAACUACAAGCAAAAUCCCAAUAGCUAGAGACAGUGUGCCCACUUUGACUAUUUCAGAGCCAAAUAGGUUUAGACAACUAGUCAAUGAGAAGAAAAUAGAUUUAGAGCAAUUGAAAAUCAAUGCUACAACUUUAAGGAAUGAAUUGGAAAAACAAACAUAUGAGAAUUUCACUAUUCAGUCUAAUUAUCAAAAUCUAGAGAGGAUUUUAAAUGAUUUGAAUUUAAAAAUCGGUGAGCUAAACAGUUAUAAGCAAAGUUCAUUGGAUGCAUUAAUCAAGAAUUUUGAAUUAAAUAAUCAUCAGCUAAAAUUGAACCACCAAGAGAAAUUGAAUAAUCUAAAAGAGGACAUAACUAAGCAGGUCGAUAAGAUUCUAACAGAAAAACAACACAGGUAUGAAGUCGAGAUUUCAAAUCUAAACAAAGAAAUCGAGAAAAUUAAACUGGACACAAAGGGCUGUGAAAGUGACUUGAAUAGAAAAUUGAUCCAAUUGAAAGAAGACCAGCAUAAACAAGAAUUAAUGAUGAUUGGUCAAGUUAACGACGAUAUAGACAAUAUGAAAAGAGAAAUUGAAAAUAUCAACAGUCUACUAGACUCUAAAUCGAAACAAAUUGAGUUUAUGGAAUCUGUUGAAAUUAAAACUGCCGCCAACAAACUAGACAAAUUUACAUCGUUAUUAGACCAAUUGACAUCGAAAAACAAAAGCAAACAAGAGGAAAUACUGGCAUUAGAGAAGAAAGUGGCAACAACGAAGGAAUCAGUGAAUGCGAUACUCGAAAAGUCAACAGAUAGAACGUCUAAAGUACAUCGAUUGCAAUUUGAAGUUGGUCGAAUGAAAACUGAGUUGGUUGAUCAGGAAACCAAAAGAAGAAAGCUACAUGCUCAACUACAAGACUUAAAAGGAAAUAUCCGAGUGUUCUGUCGUAUACGAAAUGUAUCGUCUUCUUCAGAAGAUGUUAUUCAAUAUGAAGCCCCACAGGACAUUAAUGAUGAAUCUAAACAAGAGUUAGUUAUCACUCGUAGUAUCAACAAUAGUUCUUCCAAUUAUAGGUUUCUGUUUGACAAGAUUUUUGAACAAGAACAAUCUAACGAUCUAGUGUUUGAGGAGUUGUCACAGUUGAUUCAAUGUUCUUUGGAUGGGACUAAUGUGUGUGUUUUCGCUUAUGGCCAAACAGGUUCUGGUAAGACAUUUACAAUGUCACACCCCAUCAAUGGGAUGAUUCCCUUGUCAUUAAUGAAAAUAUUCAAUGACAUAGAAGAUUUGAAAGAGCAAGGCUGGUCAUACACAGUGCGCGGGAAAUUUAUUGAAAUCUAUAACGAGGCGAUAGUUGAUCUUUUGAACCCUAAAGUCGAUCCCGACACAAAGCACGAAAUAAAGCACGACGACAUUGCCGGUAAAACCACAGUCACAAAUGUCUCCACAAUUGACAUCAAAUCUCCAGAGCAAGCUAUUACUAUAUUGAACCAAGCCAAUAAGAAACGAAGCACAGCAGCAACUAAAUCCAACGAUCAUUCAUCUAGAUCACAUUCAAUUUUUAUUAUUGACUUACAAGGUUAUAAUCGUUUAACCAAAGACUCAAGUUACGGAACUUUGAAUUUGAUAGAUCUUGCAGGAUCAGAAAGGCUAAACAACUCACGUGCAGAAGGAGAUAGACUCAAGGAAACUCAAGCAAUUAAUAAAUCCUUAUCAUGCCUUGGCGAUGUUAUUCAUUCAUUGAACCUCAGGGAUGGGUCGCAUGUCCCGUAUAGAAAUAGCAAGUUGACAUACCUAUUGAAACACAGUAUUGGUGGCAAUUCCAAAACUUUGAUGUUUGUGAACAUAUCACCGCUUACCAAAGAUUUAAACGAAACGAUAAACUCUUUGAGGUUUGCAACCAAGGUGAACAAUACUAGAAUCAAUAAAUAA